AUGAGAAUUCCUACUGGAAGUAAUACCCUCAUAUGGUUGCCUGAUAGAAAAGGUCAAUUUACUGUUAGAAGUGUUUAUAAUGUGCUGACAAGAAUACCUAAUUAUAUUGUAGGUAUUCAACCAGUUGUUAAUCAGGUUUGGAAAAAACUUUCGAGAGUUAAUUUUCCUCAUAAAGUAAAAAAAAUUAUCUGGAAAUGUAUGCCGGAUAUAGUCCCAACUAGAGAUAAGAUUGCAAGAUAUAAACCUGAUAUUGAUGUGUAUUGUAGUUUAUGUAAUCAUCCCCUUGAAUCUGUGGAUCAUUUGUUAUUGAACUUCUCUUAUUCUAGAUCGGUUUGGUUGGCUAUCAACAUAAAUGUGGAUAAUAUUAUUACUCAGCAUGGAUAUUUCAAAAAAUGGGUUAUUUCUUGGUUUUCUGUAGGUUCAAACCUGAUUUUUGGAGCAGGUAUUAAUAGACAGAACUUAAACAAUCUACUUAUGCUCACUGCUUGGACCAUUUGGAAGGACAGAUGUUAUAAAAUAUUUCAGAAUAUCAAUCCAAACAGGGAUUUCUCCUUAGAUAACAUUCAUAAGCUUACUAAAACUUACACUUCUUCUCCUACUAAUGUAAAUAGAAUUUUGCAGAUUCAGAGAUGGAUUCCUCCUGUUAAUGAUUAUUUCAAAAUUAACUUUGAUGCAUCUUUUAUGGAACAUAAUUUACAAGGUGGAAUUGGACUAAUAGUGAGAAAUUUUGCAGGCAUCUGCAUUGGAGUUCAAGGAGACUAUUUUGAUGGAGGAAUAACUCUAGGAAUUGAAGUAGAAGAGCUGGAGUGGAAAGCAAUGCUUGUAGCAGUUAACUAUGCAGUUGAAAGAGGGUUCAAUAAAGUAGUUUUUGAGUCAGACAGUCAAGUUUUAAUAAAAUCCAUUAAUGAACAAACCUUCUAUGUUCAUUGGAUGAAUCAGUCCCUAGUUUUGGACAUUAAGUUUUUGUUAAGUAAGUUAGCUCAGUGUAGUUGUGUUAGAGCAUUGCUCGGUUGA